AUGGAAGGGUUUCCAGAGGUUGCCAGUGAGAUUCAAAGCCCUGUGGGUGCCGUGAUCUUCCUAAGCUUGCCUUUAGAGAAGUGUGCUGUCAAAGCUUCAGGAGGCCGCCAGCUUCUGACAAAGGAGCUGAACUGCAAGGUGGCUACCAACAGCAAGCUGGUGCAGAGUGGCAAGAGCGAGAUUUUGGAGCUCCGGCGCACCAUGCAGGCCUUGGAGAUCGAGCUGCAGUCCCAGCUCAGCACGAAAGCAUCCCUGGAGGGCAACCUGACGGAGACAGAGAACCGCUACUGCAUGCAGCUGUCCCAGAUCCAGGGGCUGAUCGGCAGCGUGGAGGAGCAGCUGGCCCAGCUUCGCUGCGAGAUGGAGCAGCAGAACCAGGAGUACAAGAUCCUCCUGGACAUGAAUACGUGGCUGGAGCAGGAGAGCGCCACCUACCGCCACCUGCUGGAGGGCGAGGAUGCCCAGUGAGUGGGGGAGCCUGGGGUCAGGGCUGGGGGCCUCUUGGCAGGGGUGGGGCUCU